AUGGUAGGUGUGAAAACAUGGACUGACGAUGGGCUUUGGUUUGUUCUCUUGGCAUCCAAAAUCCCCUCACCGUCUUCCGCCCAAAAAAGUAAACCAGGCAGGUUCUUCACGGAUGAAGCAAUUGGACUUCUCUGCAAGAAGAAUGUUAAGGACUUGCGUCACACACCAAAUGCGGCGAGCGUUAGAUAUGCUCGUACUCAGAAACCGGAGGCACAACCCUCUCCAGAAGUUCUAGAAAUUAUUGAGCGACUACGCAGUUCUGUUUCUGAGGCUCAAGAUAGCACAAAUGGGAACACGCUGGAGAAUCCGCGGAAUGGCACUAUGGCUGCCCACAAGCGAAGCUCCUCAGGGAGCUCUAGUAAUACUAGUUCAAAUGCGAUGUCACCAAUGCCAAUGGGGAGUCCUCUCACUCAGUCACAACCUAGAAGAAGCGGCAAUUGGAACAGGAGUGAAGUUGGUCAAUUUGCUCCCAACAGAUCUCACACCAUGAGCAUGAGUGCAAAUGGACCAUUCACCAAAUCAUAUGAACGAGGGCAUGAAAAUACUGUUCCGCUAGCUAAUGCCAACAAACAACAGCAACAUGAAGGUGGUUCACUGGGCAAUGGAAGUCGCCAACAACAACCUAGACAGGUACACCCCGCAACGACUAGAUCGAAUCCAUUAUGGUAUCCUGGUGUCGACGUUUCAUCUUCAAUGAGACAAACAAUGGGCAACAGUCAGGGAACGAACGCUUACAUGCAUAAUGGCGGUGGCAUUCCAGAGUAUUCGCAGCACGUACCAUCGGGCACUAUGUAUCAAUUUUAUGGCAAUCAAAUGGGCCCAGACACGCACCAAACUCAGUCUUAUGGCCAUCCAACGCCUAUAGAUUCGCCAUACUCAACAAAUUACGGGAACUAUACACAAGGCUUACCAGGCCUGGGUAUAAAUGGAAUGCCAAUGCCAACAGGCCCUUUUGAUGUUGGAAGUUCUUCUUAUCCACAUGACACGCCUUCAUAUGGUCAGUUCGAAGCAUGCACAGUGCCACAGAACCAACAGUUUUAUGGGGAAACGGUUUCACAAGAUAGAUUGCCGUAUACAAAUCAGUACUCUCCACAACAACAAUACGGUAUCGAAUAUCCCUUCCCAACAUUAAACAUCGAUUUGGACGGUAUGGAAGUUAUCCCUCAGAGACAUCAUGGUCUCUCACAUGCCACAAUGAAUGAUUCCAACUUCGCCAACGUUUCAUCCUUUGGUCUUGCACAAUCUAUAUUUAACAGUCCUAGUGAUACUAGUGGUUCAAGUAAUGGUUUCAUUGAGCUUCUUGACAACCGAUCUAAGUCAAACGACCUUGAAACACAAGGAGGCUCUGCCCAUCAAGUUAGAAUCAUGUCUCAAGAACCACAACCAUCUGUCAGCGCAGAAAAGGGGAAGAAAAGAAGUAUUGACGAGGCCGAAAUAUCCGAUAUCAAUUCUGAAGGAAGCUGUGAGAGACACAAGAAAAGGCACAAUAGCGAGGAUAAGGAUUGCUCUACGCAACGAGAGUCCAAUCAUCAGAAUGCAAGACAUGAUUGGGAAUUGUCUGAACAAGACAACACCCAAGAGCCUUUUAUUGCUGCUUUAAGUGGCAGUCUGAUUGAUUUCACUGCUAUUGCUCUCGAUAACACUUCAGGUGCUAUUGUAGUCUCUGGGGUUAGCUCAGCCACACACAGUUCAGAUGAAGCUGGAUUAUCUCCCAUCUCUACGAACUUGACCGUCGAUUCAGAUGAUUCAAAAAGCACCGAAAUCAACGACUCGCACGAUGGACUGCCAAAUUUGAAGUCGCAAGCAAUUUCCCACGAGUCGAUUGAGAUAUUGCCUCACCAAGAAGAUGGCACUGCGGCCAGAAACUCCAAUGAUACAGAGGAUGAUUUUCUCAGAGAGGAAGAUUUCCUAGGCCUUUCGGACCAAUUUGACGACACAUACUACGAUCUGAGCACGGGUUUUCACGAGAUGUCAGAUGAGGUUAUUGAGGCAGACUAUGCUUAUUUGUUUGAUCAGAUGUGA